GUGGCAGGAAGCGGAAGGAGGCCGGGAAGGCUCAAGUAACUGACGUGUCUCUCCGAGAAAGGAGCCUGGAGUCUGCGCUUCUGCUUGGUCCUUCCCUUUUCCGCGUCGAGAGCGCCCAAGAUGGGGAUUAAAUUUCUUGAAGUAAUCAAGCCCUUCUGUGUUAUCUUACCUGAGAUCCAAAAGCCAGAAAGAAAGAUCCAGUUUAAAGAAAAAGUACUAUGGACAGCUAUUACCCUCUUCAUAUUUUUGGUUUGUUGCCAGAUUCCCCUGUUUGGAAUUAUGUCAUCAGACUCAGCAGAUCCAUUCUAUUGGAUGAGAGUAAUUUUGGCUUCAAACAGAGGCACACUGAUGGAGCUGGGCAUUUCUCCCAUUGUCACCUCUGGUCUCAUCAUGCAGUUGCUGGCUGGUGCCAAAAUAAUUGAAGUUGGGGAUACGCCAAAAGACAGAGCUCUGUUCAAUGGGGCACAGAAAUUGUUCGGCAUGAUUAUCACCAUUGGCCAAUCUAUCGUUUAUGUAAUGACGGGGAUGUAUGGAGACCCAUCAGAGAUGGGAGCUGGAAUCUGUCUGCUGAUUACCAUUCAGCUCUUUGUGGCUGGAUUGAUCGUUCUUCUCUUGGAUGAACUUCUGCAAAAGGGGUAUGGUCUUGGUUCUGGCAUUUCCCUCUUCAUUGCCACUAACAUCUGUGAGACUAUUGUCUGGAAGGCAUUCAGCCCAACCACAGUAAACACCGGCCGAGGCAUGGAAUUUGAAGGAGCCAUCAUUGCCCUGUUCCAUCUGCUGGCUACUCGCACAGAUAAAGUCAGAGCUCUCAGGGAAGCCUUUUACCGUCAGAACCUCCCCAACCUUAUGAACCUGAUUGCCACCAUAUUCGUCUUUGCUGUUGUCAUCUACUUCCAGGGUUUCAGAGUGGAUCUCCCUAUAAAAUCUGCCCGCUACCGUGGCCAGUAUAACACUUACCCAAUCAAACUCUUCUAUACCUCCAAUAUUCCCAUCAUCCUUCAAUCUGCGCUGGUGUCCAAUUUAUAUGUGAUCUCCCAGAUGCUCUCCGCUCGUUUCAGUGGCAACUUACUUGUCAGCCUGCUGGGCACUUGGUCUGAUACUUCGUCUGGUGGUCCCGCCCGUUCAUACCCCGUCGGUGGUCUCUGUUAUUACCUGUCGCCUCCGGAGUCAUUUACUUCUGUUCUGGAAGAUCCUGUCCAUGCAGUUGUUUACAUUGUGUUCAUGUUGGGUUCCUGUGCUUUCUUUUCUAAAACUUGGAUUGAAGUGUCUGGCUCUUCUGCCAAAGAUGUUGCUAAACAACUGAAAGAGCAGCAGAUGGUUAUGAGGGGUCAUAGAGAAACCUCUAUGGUUCAUGAACUCAACAGAUACAUUCCUACAGCAGCUGCAUUUGGUGGCCUCUGCAUUGGUGCUCUCUCUGUGUUGGCAGACUUCCUUGGGGCAAUUGGAUCAGGCACAGGAAUCUUGUUGGCUGUUACUAUCAUUUACCAAUACUUUGAAAUCUUUGUAAAGGAGCAGAGCGAAGUUGGCAGCAUGGGAGCGCUUCUCUUCUAAGUGCAUUGUCCCAUGGACCCUUGGGGCGUAUGAAGAGUGUUCUAGGAUUUUUUUAAAAAAUCAGGUGAAAAAGAUUAACAGCGGCAUAGUAACAUGGGCACACUGCAUUAAUAGGAACAGUUAUUUUAAUGUUUUCCAAAGCACAUUCCUUUGGUUCAGACUUUGUUAAUAUUCAGUUAAUGUUUUAUAAAUUGCUGGAAAAUGUGCAAAAAAAAACUUUUUAGAAAAGAAGGGUUUUUUGUUAAUUAUUGCUGGAAGCAACUUCUAAAAUCUGGUUUAGUUUUGGUUAUUUACUCUUCUCUGCCUCUCCCUCUCCCCUGGUCCUAUCCCAGGAUUUCUCAAGCUUUUCCAACUGCAGUUUAAAGUGGGACAAUAGAGUGCAGUGGACCUUAUCCUAUCCAUGUGGAACAUCCCCUUCCCCUACUCCCCAUGCACUCCCAAAAUUGGGUCCAGGAGGACUGCUGGGGGAAGGGGAAGUCAUGUCUGCCUGUGUGGUGCUGGAUCUCUCCCUAUCUCUUUGGUAGCGAGAGAGAUAUUUCCCACCCAUCAUCCCAGUACCUAUCUAUUACUUUGUCCUGAGUACAUUUCUUCACUCUUCCUCCAGGGUACUACAAAUUUUGGGACUGCCAGAUAUCUCGUCAGGUACUCUGGUUCUUGUGCUUCAGUGCAGACUGUUGGCUUCUGACUGUUGCCUCACUUUUGCAGGUGAUAUGUUCUUUCUGUCAGUAGAAAACUCAGAUCAUGGGAAGAAAUAAUCAUGCCUCAGAAUUGUACAUUGAACAAACACAGACCUUGUACGAGUAAUUCCACACAGAAAGCCUGACAUUUCCAAGAUGGAUGUUGUCUGUAUUCUUAUAUCCUGAGAAGAACAGUGUGGUACAGUAUUCCUCCUGGAAGUUACCAAACUCUUAAAAGUUCUUAUCUGCCAUCACGUUAAAGUAAGUUCUGUCCUAGCAGCUAUGAGUGCUACAGUCAUCCUGCUUGCUGAAGAAUACACAGAAGCUGCUGCUCAUUAAACUUGCAUAUCGCUCCAGAACAUUUUUUUUACCAACUUUUUCUGGAACACUGACUUCAAAUCAUGCACGUUGAUGCCAGCCUUAGAAAUACCUUCCCUAUCUCUCAUGAACCUAGCUGGAGAGCAGUGAUGGCAUUUCUCUGGAGGCCUAAUGGCUUUUGCUUAUUUCCAGGACAACUCCUACCAAAUAGGAGAAGUAGCCAUAAAGUCUUUAAGGAGUUUUGCCCCAUCUUUAAAAUUCCUUAAAAACUCAACUUCUGUUAGGAUAUAUUGGUGGUUGUAAGGUGUUUUGUGUGUAUUGUAUAGGACCAAAUAAAAACACUUGGUAUAAAA